UAGGCAGGCGAUUUCUAAGCGUUAAUGAAUGUCACUUUUUUUCUGGUGUGACUUGCCAUUCCCAAACAAGUCACUAGCUGCUACGUAUUCCCAACGCAACAACAGCAUACUGUAGCAACUAUCAGAACAACAGCAAGGGGCUACUGUAGUUGCUAUCAUCGUAGCUUGAAGGCAUCGACUGCUGCAAUAAUAGCUAGCUAUCUUCUUUCCUAUUGUUGAUUCGAUCAAGACUACAUGUAUGAUAAUAUGAAGCAGCACUUGAUUAUCCAAGCCGUGCUGAUUCUCCUGGUUGAGCGCAAGUCAGUCACACAUGCGGAUCCCACCGUUGCCACUGCGACUGUUACCAAUGACGGCCGUAGUAGUAGCACUGGUGCAGCCUCUACGGGAUUCGAGACUCCCAUUCCAGGCGACGAUGUGGAUAUUACCAUUAUGAAUGUAGCAGGAGCUGACCUGGGCGUUCCCCAAACUGUUGAUGUUCGCUAUCCUCAAGAGAUCCUUGCCGUCAUCCACGAGGGACGCAACUACUUCGAAGACUGGGUCAAACGGGACCCCUUCUAUGCCCCCGUGGUGGAACUGUGCAAAAACCAACACGAAAAUUGCGCACUUUGGGCUGCACUGGGGGAAUGUGAAAAAAACGCAGCAUACAUGAAACACCAUUGCCCCAUUGUGUGCAAGAGCUGUGAAGUCUUGCACCAUGAAACGAAGUGCCCCGUUGAUUCCACCAACAUUCAAGAAGACGAGGUAGCUUGGAGACCUGGAGAUUUAGACAAAAUGUUUCAAAGGAUCACCACUGAUCCAACCAUCCAGGAACUUCACCAACCCACAGUGCUUCAACGACCAACUUAUGCCAAUGGGGAUACUGAAGAGACUGCCACUUAUAACCUUGGAUUUUGGGUCGUCACUUUAGACAACUUCCUGACGCAACAAGAAACAGAACAAAUCGUGAGGCUGGGACAUCAGGCUGGAUUCAACCGCUCAGCAAGUGAUGUGGGCAAAGCCAGCCAAGAUGGAUCCUUCACGCGCCGCUUCGAUGAAGACAGAACCUCUGAAAAUACUUGGUGCAAGAGACCCUGCUACGAGGAUCCCAUUGUUCAAAGAGUGCUGCAAAAAAUGUACCACGUGACACAAAUACACGACAAACACGCUGAAAACUUGCAAAUUCUCAAAUAUGAACCCCAACAAUACUACAAACCUCACAUUGAUUAUAUAUUCGAAGAAAAAAGUCGCAUGCAAGGAGUCCGUAUCCUUACCAUGUAUCUCUACCUCAGUGAUGUGGAAGAAGGAGGCGGUACCAAUUUUCCACAAAUGGAUCUCACUGUCAUGCCCAAACGAGGUCGAGCAUUGCUUUGGCCGUCGGUUCUCAAUGAAGCCCCCAAUAGCAUGGACGCUCGCACGGUACAUCAAGCACUCCCCGUCCUAAAAGGGAUCAAAUAUGGGGCCAAUGCCUGGUAUCACAUGAGAGAUUUCAAAACUCCGCUUGCCAGAGGAUGUGCAUAGAAUGAAUAACUAUCUACUAGCUAGCUAGAUGUACCGGUAGGACUGCCAACGUCUGGCACGUGGAUUGUCCUUGUUAGGUUCUAUAAUAAAUAUGCGUAGCCACACGGCGACUCGUGUAUGA